AUGGAGCAGUUUUUUCACAGCUUGCUCCAAACGAACCCACUGUCAAGCUUGACGCUGAGAAUCGUGCGCGACCGCUACAAGGCUGAAUUCAACAAAGAUCAGGACUUGUCGCCUCCCCAGUUCAAAACACUAAGAUGCGUGGUGGACGAAAUUGCGAAGGCGGAGAUGAACAGAAAAUUCAGCUCUAUGGGUAUCGACGGAAUCAAACUUGAAGAAGCACGGAAAAUCAUCGAAGAAGAAAUUGAUUCAAUGACGCGCAAGUUGGACGGUAAAGAUGACCAGACGAGGAAUAGGCUCGAAUUAUGUCGGAAAUUGAACGACUCUUUUCGACUACUGGAGUCCAAGCUUGAGAAAAACGACGUCGAAGAGAAACAACAAAUAGCCCAGUUUUUAAUUGAAGCUGCAGAAAAGUUGAAAGGCAUCAGAGAACGCAGAGCUCGAACCGAUCGUAAAAAAGCACUGAUUGAAGAAGAACUAGCCCGGGCGGAAAUCGAGGAGGCGGAACUCAAACGACUUGAAACAAAGACCAAACGUCAUUAUUAUGAGAUAUUUUGUAUAAAGACAUUUGAAUGCGAUCAAGAUGAAGUUGCUGCUGAUCAAGAAGAAGAGAUUGAAAGACACUUUGCCGCAGUAAUAAGAGCUAGCGAGGAGACAAACAAAAUUCUCAACGACUUCGAGUCGCGAUCAAAAAUGUGGGAAUGA